GGCAGGUGCUGGCGACCGCAGAAAGGGAAAAGGGGUUGUGCUCCGGGACGAUCGGGGCGAAAGGGGCGGGGCCGGGGAGCAGCUCGCCGAGGUACCGAGCUCCAGCGACCCGCGGGCGUGUGAGGGUCUGUGGCCCUCGGCGUCCCAGUGGCCGCCGCCGUCGCUUGGUCGCCCUCAGUCUGCGGGAGGCGGGUUAUGGCGGCGGCCGUAGUCGGAGCUGUGAAUGAAUUCUCCAGGUGGACGAGGGAAGAAGAAAGGCUCCGGCGGCCCCAGCAGCUCGGUGCCUCCCAGGCCUCCGCCCCCCUGCCUGGCCCCCGGCCGCCCCGCCCCCGGGCCGGCCCCUCCGCCGGAGUCGCCGCAUAAGCGGAACCUGUACUACUUCUCCUACCCGCUGGUCCUCGGCUUCGCGCUGCUGCGUUUGGUCGCCUUCCACCUGGGGCUCCUCUUCGUGUGGCUCUGCCAGCGCUUCUCCCGCGCCCUCAUGGCCGCCAAGAGGAGCUCCCGGGCCGCCCCGGCGCCAGCGUCGGCUUCGCCCCCGACGCCGGUGCCGGGCGGGGAGGCCGAGAGCGUCCGAGCGUUCCACAAACAGGCCUUCGAGUACAUCUCCAUUGCUCUGCGCAUCGAUGAGGACGAGAAAGCAGGACAAAAAGAACAAGCUGUGGAAUGGUAUAAGAAGGGCAUUGAAGAACUGGAAAAAGGAAUAGCUGUAAUAGUUACAGGACAAGGUGAACAGUGUGAAAGAGCUAGACGCCUUCAAGCUAAAAUGAUGACUAACUUGAUUAUGGCCAAGGAUCGUUUACAACUUCUAGAGAAGCUGCAACCAGUUUUGCAAUUCUCCAAGUCACAAACGGAUGUGUAUAAUGACAGUACUAACCUGACAUGCCGCAAUGGACAUCUCCAGUCAGAAAGUGGAGCUGUUCCGAAAAGAAAAGAUCCCUUAACGCACACCAGUAACUCAUUGCCUCGUUCAAAAACAGUUAUGAAAACUGGAUCCACAGGUCUUUCAGGCCACCACAGAGCACCUAGCUGCAGUGGUUUAUCAAUGGUUUCCGGAGUAAGACAGGGACCUGGUCCUACACCUACCACUCAUAAGAGUACUCCCAAAACAAAUAGAACAAAUAAACCUUCUACCCCUACAACUGCUGCUCGUAAAAAGAAGGACUUGAAGAAUUUCAGGAAUGUGGACAGCAAUCUUGCUAAUCUUAUAAUGAACGAAAUUGUGGACAAUGGGACAGCUGUUAAAUUUGAUGACAUAGCUGGUCAAGAGUUGGCAAAACAAGCAUUGCAGGAAAUUGUUAUUCUUCCUUCUCUCAGACCUGAGUUGUUCACAGGGCUUCGAGCUCCUGCUAGAGGAUUGUUACUCUUUGGUCCACCUGGAAAUGGGAAAACAAUGCUGGCUAAAGCAGUAGCUGCAGAAUCAAAUGCAACCUUCUUUAAUAUUAGUGCUGCAAGUUUAACUUCAAAAUACGUGGGAGAAGGAGAGAAACUGGUGAGAGCUCUUUUUGCUGUGGCUCGAGAACUUCAACCUUCUAUAAUUUUUAUAGAUGAAGUUGAUAGCCUUUUGUGUGAAAGAAGAGAAGGCGAACAUGAUGCUAGUAGACGUCUAAAAACUGAAUUUCUAAUAGAAUUUGAUGGUGUACAGUCGGCUGGAGAUGACAGAGUGCUUGUAAUGGGUGCUACUAAUAGGCCACAAGAGCUUGAUGAUGCUGUUCUCAGGCGUUUCAUCAAACGAGUGUAUGUGUCUUUGCCAAAUGAAGAGACAAGACUACUUUUACUUAAAAAUUUGUUAUGUAAACAAGGAAGCCCACUGACCCAAAAAGAACUAGCACAACUUGCUAGAAUGACUGAUGGAUAUUCAGGAAGUGAUCUCACAGCUUUGGCAAAAGACGCAGCACUGGGUCCUAUCCGAGAACUGAAACCAGAACAAGUGAAGAAUAUGUCUGCCAGUGAGAUGAGAAAUAUUCGAUUAGCUGACUUCACUGAAUCCUUGAAAAAGAUAAAACGCAGUGUGAGCCCUCAAACUUUAGAAGCAUACAUACGUUGGAACAAGGACUUUGGAGACACUACUGUUUAACAAAAUGCCUUUGUAAGCUUACAGAAUAUUUUACUUUCCAAGAGAUCACCAUCUCAAAGAAUAGUUAUCAGCUACAGAAUUCAGCAUAAGUUUACAGGACUUCUCAGAGUCUAAAAUAAUAUUUGUGUACCCCAAGAUGAACCAGAAAACAAAUUUGAAUAAAAAUAUAAUGUAAAUGGAAUAUUUUGUUUUUAAGGGCUUCUUGCCUUGAUGAUCAUGAUUACCCCAAUGGGCACUGUUAGAGUACAUCAAAAGUUAUUUCUGGUCUUCUUUACCAAUAUAAUCAUAAUGUAAAUAAUAAUUUGUAUAUUGUGUUGCAGAUGAACGUAUUCCAGAGACAGUAAAUGUUAGAAGACACAAGAGCCUUUGGUUGUUUGUCUUCUGAUAUCUUUACUUAAGUGUAAUACUUUUCUUUUCCUUCCCCACUUUCCUCUUUCCUGCAGGUAAAUGAAAGCCAAACACUGUUUUGUUUUGUUUUUUUCUCUUUUGUUUUUACAAAUUCAGUGUGCCAAACGAAAUUUUUUUCUAUGUAGCAGUAAUAUGAAAAGGUAUUUGAGAGUUAUUUUUCUUCAUAAGCCUACAGAUGUUAAACAGUUAUGUACUUUUGACUUUUUAUUUUUCUAUUAGCUUACUUCCAAACAAUUUAGAAAGCAAUAUGAUGGCUAUAAAACUAAUGUAGUAAAAUAGAAGGUUUGAGUUCCUGUGUCAUCCAGUAUGUCCAUCAAUCCUCUUGUGACCAGUAUUCUUUUUUUUUAGUGUAUUUGUCUAUUGUAGACUGUUAACUUAUUCCUAGUGGAAUUUGUUUUGGGCAAGAAUUACUUUAAUAUUUAAUAAAGACAGCUUUAAAUGCUGUAAAAGUGGUUCCAUUGCAAGAUAAGGGAAGUACUGGGAGCUAAGAUGUUUCUAAUUUAUUGCUUAUUACUUUCUUACUGUUUACAGGAUAAUUAUAAGCCAGUAAAGCUACUGUCUUUUAUUCUCAAUAAUUAUUAAUCCCUUCAAAUGAAACUUUAAAAUUACUGUUUUUAUACAUUGUGUAUUUUAUAGUUUUUUUGUGCUCACUUUGUUAACUAAAAAGUUUUAGCCUAUUAAUCUACCUUUUGUUCCCCCAAAAAUGUACAGUAAUUCUGCUUCUUGUUUGUACGACUAUGCCUGGAUUUUUAUUGUAAAAAUGUCAUUGUAGGAAGUAGCGAUGCUUAUAUGGCCUUUUAAAUAUCGUAAUAAAGGCAAAUAGAUAUUU